AUGGAAUGGGAAUGGCUGAAAGAAUUUGGUAAGGGUAUGAUCAGACCAUUGCUUGGGUUAUCCGUGGUGGUGAUAGGAUUGGUAAUGUCCCACCAUCUGAAGUUGGGAUUGGUUGGAGAAACAUCAUGGUCAAUUCUCAGGGGUUCUAUUCAGCUAUGCGCCAUGGGGUUUGUUAUUCAGUUCUUAUUCACUCAGCAAAAUAGCAUCUGGAUUCUAGGUUUUUAUCUUAUCAUGGUUGGUACUGCUGCUUACGCGACGGGCCAGCGUGCCAAGCACGUGCCCCGCGGCAAGUACGUGGCGGGGGUGUCCAUCUUAGCCGGGAGUUCGGUGCCACUGUUGAUGGUAGUGAUGCUGAAUGUUGUCAGCUUCAAACCAAGAUAUAUCAUCCCUAUUGCAGGACUGCUUGUUGGAAACUCAAUGAAGGCUACAGGUGUUACUUUGAAAAGCCUCCGGGAUGAUAUCAAGAUGCAAAAAGCCUUGGUGGAAACGGCUUUAGCGCUCGGGGCGACCACAAGUCAGGCAACAACACAACAGGUGAAAAGGUCUUUGACUAUUGCCAUAUCUCCGCUACUGGACAGUACCAAGACAGUAGGCCUUGUAAUGUUUCCGGGCACUAUGAUCGGAAUGAUGCUUGCCGGAACUUCACCUGAGGAGGCUAUUCGAAUACAACUAGUGAUCAAGUGCAUGGUUAUUGGAGCUGUCACAGUUAGCAGUAUCACGUCCGUCUAUCUGAGUAGGCCUUCUUUCUUUACCGAAUCUUAUCAACUGAAGACCGACAUUUUCGGUUCAGAUUGA